CAAUAAAUCACAAUUUAAAUAUUUGAACCUUUCAAAUCUCUCAAGAAAAUAAAAAUCAAUAUAAAUCUUUACAAAAACCCAGGGUUCCAGAGGCGCAGACAGACCACUGCAUUAAACAAAUAAAAAGCCACACACAAGGCCCGAGUCCCGAUGACGAACCACCUGCAUCAGCUUCGCCCGGGAACAGAGAAAGACAUCUGAUUUCGCAUAAAACCAGCCCUUCAAUCAUCCUUCCCUUUCUUCCUACCAAAAACAAUUCUCUAACCCUACGAAACAUUACACAUUACAUACUUAGGUAUCACGUACAUUUAUUUAUUCAUCAACAGAAAUCAAAAGAUGUGCUCAUCCGAUAUCUUCCUCGGCUUAAUCGCUAUCCUCUUUCCCCCUCUAGCAGGUAAGCAAGCAUCUCAUCUCAUCUCAUCUCCCACUUUCCCCUUCCUGCAAACCUUUCAGAUGGGUAGAUAGAUACUAUAACCCUCUCACCCUCCCCAACAUCUACCCAUCCAUCCACUAACGCCCAACCCCCCUCUAGUCUGGGUAAAACGCGGCCUAUGCUCCGCGGACUCCCUAAUAAACAUUCUCCUCUGCAUGCUCGGCUUCCUCCCCGGUCUCCUCCACGCCUGGUACAUAAUCGCCAAAUUCCCCGACGAAGACUACAACUACGACCGUAUCCCCGAUGCAGAAGGCGCUCGUGUGGCAUAUGUAGUUGUGCAAGGACCGAGUGGGAGAUCGCAACGCGCGCCGAAGAAUGCGAUAUUGGAGCAUCAUUAUCAACAACAGGGCUAUGGAACCACGGCUCCCAUGGAAGCACCUACGGUUCAGCAGCAGCAGAAUGGUACGUGGACGACGGCUGGUGAGGGUCAGGCGCAGGGUGGAGAGGGGAGUAGUGCUGCGGUGCCUCCUUCAUAUGCGGAGGCUGUUAAGGGGGAUCAUAAGGUUCAGUCCAGGGAUUAGAGGGGUGGUGAUGAGGGUCGCGCAAUGAUCGAUGGGGAUACUAUGAUAUGAAUCGGAGAUGAAGGAUGGAUUACGAAUACCAAGGAAGCUUUGACUAUGGGCAGAUCGAUGCGGACUGGCGCAAUUUGGGUAGGCAUGACGCUUUCAGGUUGUACGCAGGAGUUUUUGAUACUUCGAUUUACUUUCACAUGGCAUGACACCCCAGCAGAAAAACAUGUAUUAGAAAUUUCUUCUCAGCAAUAUCGUGCAUUAUUGAUUAUCCCAUCAAGUUCACUGGGGCUUCAGGCCAACUACCCCAAAUC